CUCUGUCAUUGGCAGCUGGGCUCGAGGCUCGAACCCCCCCCGACUGAAUGAAGACUCCACCCGUGCGCAAUGCAGGCCCUUCCUCACUCGCUGGCUUUGGCGCUGCUGGCCGUGUCCACCUCGUCCGCUCCAGAUGGGGCGGUCCGCUUCGAGGCGACCAUCCAUAAACACGCGCACGGCAUUCGAGAACCACUUGCAGUGCUCCUGCCGAGCGUUCGACGAAACCGAACCUUGCGGCCCGCGCACGUCACCGCCGUGCACUCGUCCUUCUUCCAGGUGGGCUCGGAGGAGGGCUCCGAGUCUGAGGCAGCGAACGGCAGCGCACGCCCGCCGCAACGGGGCGGCGAGGCGGACGUGCGCAGCGCCGCGGCGGUGCCAUCCACAGCGGUCGCGGCGGCUGCGCCGCAGCGCUCGCUACGCCCUCCAGGCGCGCUAGCCGGCGCGGCGGAGACGCGCCCCCGCGGCCUCGACCUACUGCUGACGAACAGGGGGAUGGUCGCCGACCUGGCGCCCGAGGCCCCCGACGCCCCGGUUGCUGUGGUCGCCCUCGCCCUUCUGGCCGCGGCGUUCGCCCUUCUGGCCGCGUGGACUGCGGUGUGCAGGGUGCUGCACUUGCCCAGCCUGGCGCCGCUCGCUGCCAGCGUGACCAAGCCGCCUGCCGCCGCGGCCGCAGCAGCUGCCCCUGCGGAGGAGAAGGAAGAAGCCCCUGUGCGGUGCUGUGUCUGCGACCAGAUCAAGGGCAUCCCUCGCUGCGACGCGGCGGAGGUUGAACGCUUCCUCUGCAAGGCCGAGAAGUACGACUGCGCGUUGUCGGUGCCCCUGAGCUCCCGGCGCCUCGUGCGCCUCGAGGCGCGGGUGGCCGCGCCCGCGAAGGGUUGCCCCGUGCUCGAGGCGCCCUUCACGCGGCGGGCCUGCGUGGGAUUUUCCGCGUCCGCCUCGCGGAGGUCCCCCGCCCUCCGCGGCGGCCCCCUGCUGCCCGUCUUUCAGCGCGGUCGCGCCCAGAGUGGUGCUUCUUCGUCACACCCGUGGACGCGCCCGAACACCGCAUCGAGGUGGACGGGGACGACGCCCUGCUCCUGGGCCCGCUGGGCCGCUUCGUCGACAGCAGGGCCGCCGCCGAGGCGCCCGAGCACUGGCGCGCGUUCGCCAGGGCGCACCAGGUCCACCGCUUGGCGAGCGGGCUUCCCCGGCUGGACUCGCAGGAGCACCGGACGGCGGAGUGGCGGCGGCAGCACCCGUGGCUCACGCACGUGGAGGCGGCGGGCGCGGUCGCUGAGGAGCAGGAGCCACUGGAGAGCGCCGGGGUGGUGGAGUUCUCGGAGGAGGCGCUGCUCAUCGGCGCCACCGUGACCCUCGUGGGCGAGCUGUGCUGCGGGGCCAGCGGCGCGCUGUCCCUGCGGCCCUGGCUGGGCCACUCGCCGCUCGGCGCGGGCGGCGCGCCAGGGCCGGCCGAGCUGGGCUUCGGCCGCGCGCUGGACGCCGCUCGGCCAGGGCGCGCCGCGGAGGGCGCUGCCCAAGGGGAGCCGCCGGACCCGGAGGUGGGCCUGCCGGAGCCGGAGCUGCCCCGCUGCUGCGCCUGCGCGACGGGUGCCUCAAUGCUCAACCCUAUGCACGUGGAGAAGGUUCUGGUCUGUGACGGCGAGUUGUUUCUGCCUGCGAGAGCGUCCGCGUCCUCACUGCCGCCGAUGCCAGCUGGCUAGGACUUUUUUUCAGUUUCUAGCACUUGUACAGUCUGUAGAGCAGCUGUGCAGUCCGUCGCGAGCAGUUGGACCUGGUGCGCGUGUGCCCGUCUCUUCAUACACGUAGUGGGCCAUUUGCCAUUGGGCCAAUUUUGCUGGCUAGAGGGUAGCCGGGCCUGCAACAGAAAUUCGCACCUUCGUUUGCCCCGAGCGAAGACAUGUGCGCGUGAAAUUUUGAAGCCUCGGGUGGUAUUAGGUUGCCGCACUCACUGCGGCCUCAAACAAUGAUGCUGUGCUGAGCAGCAGCGUAGGCG